CAGGCCUGUUCCCACGCUGGAUCAAGUGAGGAUCAUCAAUCAGAAAUAUUCCAGUCAACGCAAUAUCAAUUGACAUCAAUUGGCAUCAAUUGUUAUCAAUUCUGGAGGAAUAUUCGAAUUGAAAAAUGUCCGAACCAGCCGAAGCUACCAGGGCUUCGUCCCUCUCAAGCCAUACCUUCCACGACCCGGAAGCCUCGUCAAAUAUCCUGCCCAAGGCCAGUCCAGCAGCCAGCAUCGCCGACGAUGCGAAAAGCAACGACAUUGAAAAACUGUCUGUCGACCAGAACUUGGAGAGCGAGAAGGAGGAGGCGGCACAGUCAACCGAGGAUGGCAACUACCCUGGCCCAACCAGUCUCAUCUUCAUUCUCAUCGCUACUAUGCUCUCCAUGUUCCUCGUCGCCCUUGACAUGACCAUCGUUGCAACUGCGAUCCCGCAAAUCACCGAUGAUUUCCACUCCCUGGAUCAAGUGGCUUGGUAUGGGUCGGCUUUCUUCCUCACCCUCGCUUCUUUCCAGUCGACAUGGGGUAAGGGGUACAAGUACUUUCCACUGAAGUAUACCUAUCUGUUGGCAAUUUUUAUCUUUGAGUUGGGCUCUUUGAUUUGUGCGGUUGCUAAGAAUAGCACGACUUUGAUUGUCGGAAGAGCCAUUGCUGGUCUUGGCGCUGCCGGUAUCGCCAGUGGCGUGUACAUUAUCAUUGCCUUUUCUGCGAGGCCGAGGCAACGUGCUGCUUUUACGGGAUUGCUGGGUGCUACGUACUCCGUGGCGAGUGUUGCUGGGCCUCUGCUCGGAGGUGUGUUCACUAGCAAUGUCUCCUGGCGAUGGUGCUUCUACAUCAACCUCCCAAUCGGAGGUCUCAGCGCUGCUAUCAUCACCUUUUUCUUCACUACACCCCCCGCCGCAAAGCCCGCUCCAGCCUCCGCCAAAGAGAAGGUCCUGCAAAUGGACUUGCCUGGAACCUUCACCAUCAUGGCCGCCGUCAUCUGCUAUCUGCUCGCCCUCCAAUGGGCUGGCGUCACCAAAGCAUGGAGCGACUCCGAGAUCGUCGGCCUGCUGGUCGGCUUCGGUCUUCUAGUCAUCGUUUUCAUUGGCGUUGAAUGGUACUCGGGCGAACGAGCCCUGAUCCCCUUCCGUCUGAUGAAGCAGCGCAAUGUCGCUGUCGCCAGUGCCUACGUCCUCUUCGUCGUCGGCCCCAUGUUCAUCAUGAUCUACUACCUCCCCAUCUACUUCCAAUCCGUCAAGGAUGUCUCCGCCUCCCAAUCCGGCGUGCGCAACGUCCCGCUCAUCCUCUCCGUCAGUCUGAUGACCAUCGUCUCCGGCGUCCUAAUCACCGCCUACGGCCAAUUCGCCUACCUGAUGAUCCUCGCCGGCGUGAUCGCGACUAUCGGUGCGGGUCUAAUCUACACCUUCGAAAUCGACACCCCCUCCAGCAAAUGGAUUGGAUACCAGGUGCUUUGCGGCAUUGGCGUGGGUAUUGGGUGUCAAAUCUCGAUCAUCGUGAACCAGGCCUCUGUCGACCCAUCCGAUCUCGCCAAUGUCUCUGCAGUAACCCUCUUCCUGCAGACGAUCGGCGGCGCCUUCUGGGUUUCCGCGGCCCAGGCGGCGUUUUCGAAUAAAAUGUUGCAGAAGCUGCCAGAGUACGCGCCUGGCGUUAACCCGCAGCUGGUGAUUGCGACGGGUGCGACUGAGUUGCGGUCGGUGUUUAGUGCGGACCAACUCGCGGGUAUUCUGCAGGCGUAUAUGUCUGGGCUGAAGGUGACGUUCUUGCUGAGUAUUGUCUUGGGUGGGAUUGCUACUGUGAUCUCGCUGUUCCCGAAAUGGACGAGUUUGAAGGGCAAGGUUGAGCCGAUGGGGAUGGCCUGAGCUGUUUUUCUGAAAGAAAUUGCAUGGGACUGGUUAAUGCAUAAUGACUGGGAAGGUUUUUUUGUUUCAACAUUCAACGGUAACUGCUUAAUGGCGGUGACACGAGGAGCGUAUAAUAGACUGCAUAUAGAUUUACAUUUAUAAUGAUAAUCAACUUAC